AUGCAGCCUGCUCGAGAAUUCCCCGCCUUUAGCGACGCCACCGUGGUUGGUGGUGGGUUCCGCCAAAUCCAAAUCCAUUCCGCGUCUCGUCCUUUCUCCUUAACCCUGAUGUCAUACCGCUGUAUCCUCCAUCUAACACACCUUGCCAGUGUAGCCGGCAUCCCCUCCAACACCGGCUACAACCGCCACAUCGCCAACCUGGCGCCCCAGCAGCGCUCCCAUGACGCUCCGGAACCCCGCAUGCUCACCCAGAUGGCCAAGCAACGCCUUGUUCGCCGCUCUGACGCUUAUGAGCAGUACGGUCCGUACGUUUACCACGGGAUAACACCGACCGCUGGAGACCAGUCGCAGCCAUAUCAAGAGAUAAGCCCGCCGCAGGGGAUGCGUGCGUCUAUGCCGUACAACUCGCUGUACGGCACGUCCGCCGCUGCAGCGGGCCGCACCGCUUCGGCUGCCGCCGCCGCGGCUGCAGCCGCGGCGGCAGCAGCAGCAGCAGCUGCCGGACUGUCCUACCCGCCGCAGGCGCAGGGCACGCCGCAGAUGGUGGCCAUGCCGCAGGUGGCGGCGGCCCAGGCUACGGCCCAGGGCCACGUGACGACGUCUUUGUACGCCGUACCGUCAACGGUGCCGCCGCAAAAAUAUCCACGGGAAUCACGGUAUACAUCACAGUCACCGCCGCCGCCGCCGCCACCGCAGCAGCAGCAUGAACCUGGCCACGUAGAAGCCCCAGUCACUGCCGACAACGAUGACGAGGAGGCACCGGAUUCGCCCUUGCGAGGUGUCGUACUCCGUAGCGCUGUGUCGCCGACGCCCACGCAGCAGCCGCCGCCGCCGCCGCCAGCGGCAGCCGCCGCGGGUACCUUGGCGGCGGCGGAGGCAUGGCUGGCUGCUACAGCCGAUCCAGUGCAAGGCUCAGAACCGGAUGGCGCCAGCGAAUCCUUGCCAGACAUCACUCUACUGCCGCGACGGCGACUGUCCGUGGUUUCGGAGCUGCCGACAGAGGCAGAGGCCGCACAGCUGCCGCCCACACCGACGGCCGCCUCCGGCGCCGGUGGUUUCGGAGCGGUGAUGCGUUCCUCGAGUGGUGGCUCAACCCUCGUGGACUCGCAGACACCAACUCCCCGGGUAGCGGCAGUUACCGCUGCGUUUGGCGUCGCCGCCUCAUCCCCCUCCUUUGGGCGAUUCACUCCAGGGACCCCUUCCGGGAGGUUCCAGCCCCAACCGUCGCGCGGGCUGUACGGCAGCGUUGUACGGCGACCCGCCACGGCCGGUGCAGCUGUGCCGACAUCGACGCCGCCGUACGAUCUACGUGCUGUAACCGGAGAUGCAGCGGCGGCGCGGCCGCCGGUGGAGGUGUUGACGAUUCAUCACUCUUCGCGACAUCAAGCGGAGGAAGUGGCGCCGCAACCUCCCAGUCCCCUUCGGGUUAUGUCAGUUAUAUCAGGUCGGUCUCCGAAAUCUCCUUCGAGGCCCUCCUCAGCGGCAAAGGCGCCCUUGGGCUCCCCUCCCUCGCCACCCUACGGGGCCAAAAAGGGCUUAUGGUCCUCCCGAGCCGCAUUGGCGACCGAAACCCGUGGCUUGCGUGCUGCGGCGCGUUUGUUGCGCUCCGAAAACCGGCGGCUGGCGAGUGAGGCCGCGGCGCUCGCGGGCAGCGUGGAGGGGCUGGCGGAGGGGUGGCUGAGCCCGGAGUUUGUACGGCUUCACGCGGCAUCAACGGAGCGUCGGCUACUGUUCCUGGAGCAGCUGUCCCCGCUGGCGUCAUUGCGAGGCAGCUCCAGAACGCCCAUUCACGACGCCGGCGGCGCUGGAUACGUCUACGCAACGGAAGCGGAGGCCGUGGCCGCCGCUGCCGCGGAGGCGGCGGAGGCGGCGGAGGCGGAAAUGCCCGAGGAGAGAGAAACUGCGGCUGAGGCCGACGAUGACGGCGCAGCGGAUCCGACACAACAGCUGUCGCCGGCGGCGGCGGCGGCGGCGGCGGCGCUGUACAAUCGCGUUGAUCGCGGCGGUUUCGUCGGCGGCGGCUUUGUCGAGCGCGGACGUGCGGCGGGAUAUGUUGCGGGUUACGACGACGGCAUGUUGUACGGCAGCACGACGGGGUCGCGGGGGUCGCGGUUCCGUUACGUUCCGCCGGCGGAGCUGCGGCUGCGGCGGGACGUGCUUGGGGAGGCAGGGCUGCGGCGGCGGCUCAGCGAAGCGCUGCAGGCCGCACGGGAAACGACGGCCGGCACGCAACAGCGCUUGUUUGGCGCUCCAACUAGACGGGAUCUAUGCCCGUUGGUCUCCUAACAUAAACGAAGUCGCAACUGGGGGGCUCUUCCUGCCGACCGAACGAACCGAGCAUCUCAGAGAGCUCGCAACCAGGACCUGGGCGACCGGGAGCCCGACGAGUCAUCCCGGGCUGGGGAGGUCACCAAGCUCAAAAAUCCUCAUGCAAAAAAAGAGCGCAAAGAGCUCACACCACAAGACGCCAAACAGCCUCCUGAGACUACUACCCUCCUCCGCCUCUCCCUCCCUGGGCUAGUCCAGGGGAGAUAGCCCCCGUCGGGGGGGUAACACCGCACAAGUCCGCGCCCUUCCACAGCACUGGGUCUAACUUGAAAAGUACUCAAACGGGAAGACCCUGCGGCAACGCAGGGCGAUCAAGCCUCCGGAAACCACAGGGGGGGAGGGUAGCCAGCUCGGCGCCCUCCCA